UUAAAAUAAACUACAACUUUAACUUAACUUCUCCUACUGAGCUAUUUGUAUUUAUUUUUGCUUAUGUAAGGUUCAAAGACUAUUACUAUUUUAUUUUUCCUUUAUUGCAAUUGAAAUUAAUUAAUUCUAGUCAUGCAAAAUCGCGGAGAUUACAAUGCAGAUCGAUUUGAAUGGUUUCACCUUUUCGGAAAAUUGGGUGUUACAGCUCUUGGUCAUCCUUUUGAAUAUGUGAAAGUAUUGAUUCAGAUUGGGCAUGAACCAUUCCCACCUAAGCCAACUAGGACUCUAUUAGGAAAACCAGCUUUAGGUCUGACUGGUGCAUUUGCUUAUAUGAAACAUAUAAAGAGUAUAGAUGGAGUUUUUGGGCUUUAUAGAGGCUUAUUUCCAAAGUUAUGUACAAAUUUUGUGAGCAUGUCUACAUACAUAAUUGCAUAUGAGAAAGUACCCUCAUUAGAUUCUAAUAAACAGUUGCAACAAAUAUCAGAAUCUGAAUUAACAGAUGAACAAAAGCUAGCUUUGUUUGCUCAUGAGUUAAUGAAAUCAACUGUGGCACGGACUGCAUCCAUUAUUGUUAGUCAUCCUUUUUACAUUAUCACACUGAGAUCCAUGGCACAAUUUGUUGGCCGAGAAACAAAAUAUUCAGGUAUCUUUGGAUCCUUGAGAGAAAUAUUCAAUGAAGAUGGUAUCUUAGGCUUUUUCUCUGGGUUAGUUCCUCGACUAAUAGGAGAAAUUCUCUCAAUGCUAUUGGCAGCUUCUGCAUCUGUGCUGAUUAACACUUACUUAGUCGAUGAAGAGUCAGCUAAAACAUAUGUUAAAGCCUUAAUGGGAUAUCUUGCUGGUGCUUUGUUCUAUCCUUUUACUGUGGUUAGUCAUGUUGUUAUAGUCAACAAUUGUGGUUUGAAAGCUGGUAUGCCUGGAAAUAUGCCAAUAUAUUCCAACUGGUCAGAUUGCUGGUCACAUCUUAGUGCUAUUGGUCAAUUAAAGAGAGGAUCGAGUAUAUUGUGGAGGUACCAUACUGGACCUUUCAUGACAUCAGCUUAUUCUGGAUCUUCUGGAAGAAGAGUCCAUGCUCAGGCAUUCCCAUACAGUGUGAAGUAAUAAGAUCAUUAUUUUUAGAGUUUCAAUUAUGAGUCAACUUCAUUGUUAUAAAUUGUUCUUGUGUAGAAAGUGAUAUUUGCUUGGAUGUCCGAGAUAUUUUAUGUUACAGUUAAACCUACAUGUAUGUAACUUUUAUAUUAUUUAAUAAACUGAAGUGAAUAGUCAUUGUAUAAAGGAAUAGAAUAUGACCAGUCUAAUAAAACAAUCAGAAAUUACAGUGCUGUAAAAGGUAAUUUGUGAGCAAUAAUAUCAGACUGCUUUUUGUUAUUAUAAUGUGUCCAUUUUUAAAUAAUUUCAAUGUCAUACAUUAAAAUAGUUAAUUUGUUUAAAUUAAUAAAAUGAAUUUUUAUGAAA